CCCCGACUCUCCCCUCACAGCCAGCUAGGGGCCAUCCAGGUCUUUAAUGGGACCUGACAAAGUAUUUGCUUCGAUCCUUGGAAUGACGUUGGACUCAAUGGACUAUCCAGGAUAACCUUCCUAUUUUAAGAACGGCCUCAUCCUUGGGAGUUAUUCUCAGCCGUGCCCUGUGCAUUUUCUGCGGAUCAAGCAUAGGAGUGGACAGCCGUGUGGCAGCGGGAGAGGGGAGGGCCAUGACACAGGUGCUAAAGAAAUGCAGUCUCAGUGACAAGUUGUGCAUUGUCUGGCAGCAGCAGUAUGAAAUCAUCAUCAUCCCAACCUUUCUGGUUGGCAUCUUCCUCAUCAUUCUUGGGGUCAUCCUGUGGCUCUUUCUCAGAGGAAAAAGAACUCAACAACAGUCUCCUGGACUCCAAGGCAUUGCCCCUGUGCCUCCUUCUAGGAGCCCAAACGGGGAAGCAGGAGGACAUGGAGGAAGUGUGUUCGUGCCACUUAAGGUGACAUCAGUGGAAAGCCUUUUACAAACAUCCACACAUGCCCUGGCUCAGCUCCAGGUACCCCGGGAGCAACUCUCUGAAGUCCUGGAGCAGAUCUACAAUGGUAGUUGUGGGGCCAUCUAUCGAACCAAGAUGUACACUGAGGACCCUGCUAAGUCCAAGAGUAUUGUCCUCAAGACUUUAAAAGAACCAGCUAGGCUCCACGAGAUACAGGAUUUCUUAGGCCGAAUUCAAUUCUAUCAGUACCUGGGGAAGCACCAGAACCUGGUACAGCUGGAAGGCUGCUGCACAGAAGGAGAGCCACUCUAUAUGGUGUUGGAAGAUGUGGCCCAGGGGGAUCUGCUUGGCUUUCUCUGGACCUGUCGCCGGGAUGUGAUGACCAUGGAUGGCCUUCUCUAUGAUCUCACAGAAAAACAAGUAUAUCACAUUGGCAAGCAGGUUCUCUUGGCUUUGGAAUUUCUUCAGGAUAAACAUCUGCUCCACGGGGAUGUGGCAGCCAGGAAUAUUCUGAUCCAAUGUGACCUUACUGCUAAGCUCUGUGGACUAGGCCUGGCUUACGAAGUCCAUACCCAGGGGGCUAUCGCCUCUACUCGCACAGUACCCCUCAAGUGGCUUGCCCCAGAACGGCUGUUGCUGAGACCUUCAGGCAUCAGAGGAGACAUCUGGUCCUUUGGGAUCCUGCUUUAUGAAAUGGUGACUCUAGGGGCACCACCAUAUCCUGAAGUCCCUCCUACCAGCAUUCUACAGCAUCUGCAGAGGGGAAAAAUCAUGAAGAAACCCAGUAGUUGCACACACACCAUGUAUAGUCUUAUGAAGUCCUGUUGGCGCUGGAGAGAGGACAAACGCCCCUCACUUACAGAGCUACGCUCACGCCUAGAAACUGCCGCUCGAACUGCAGAUGACAGAGCUGUGCUGCAGGUACCAGAGCUGGUGAUACCUGAGCUGUAUGCAGCUGUGGCAGGCAUCAGCAUAGAGAGCCUCUCCUACAGCUGCAGCGUCCUUUGAA